CUGCAACUCAGCUGAAAGUGAUCGUAUCAGUAAGUUGGUAUUGCGCAAUGAACAAGCCCGCUCUCUCAAACUACAAACAUUUUUAAGCUUUUUGUUGUGUAAACAUAAACAAAAAACAGCUUGUUUCCCGCGAGCAAUUGAGCGAAGAAAGACCCAUUGAUUGCUCUGUUACUACAAUCUUUCUAGUUAAGUAGGUACUUGAAAGUGAUAAGAACAGUACGUAUAAGGUCUAGAGCAUUGACGAACAAUUCUCGACUCGAUCAAGUGAAGAUUUCUAUAAUUUAAAUCGACCUUGUCUAAUUGAAUAAAAUUUAUAAAAACAAAUUACAUAUAUACAAGCUAUGCCUAGAAUAUACUUUGUCGGUGUAGACGUGGGUACGUCAAGUGCAAGAGCUGCUCUAGUUUCGUCCGAUGGUAAAGUUCUCAAGCAGACAAUUAGACCGAUUAAAACAUGGAAUCCUCAGCAAGAUCAUUUUGAGCAGUCUUCAGAUGAUAUUUGGAACUCGGUUGCAUUUUGUGUAGCGGAUGUCGUCCAAAAUAUUCCCAAAGAAGAAAUAGUUGCACUUUCAUUCGAUGCAACUUGUUCACUCGUCAUACUUGGCAAAGACGGUGAGCCACUUUCAGUCAGUGCAAAUGGCAAUCCAGAGCAAAAUGUUAUCCUUUGGAUGGAUCAUCGAGCAACUGUCGAAACCGAAUUUAUAAACUCAACAAAGCAUGAAUUGCUUAAUUAUGUUGGUGGCCAAGUUUCUGUCGAAAUGGAAAUGCCUAAAUUAUUAUGGUUGAAAAAGAAUCGCAACAUUUCCACAUGGAAUAAAAUGUGGCGAGCAUUUGAUUUGCCAGAUUUUCUAACCUGGCGUAGUACUGGUUGUGAUACAAGAUCUCUGUGUUCGGUGGUUUGUAAAUGGAAUUAUGAUGCUAUUGGUGGUUCAUGGUCUAAGGAUUUUCUUACUGAUAUUCAGUUGGAAGAUUUGUGUCGAAAUGAUUUUGAAAUUAUUGGGAAAACUGUAUGUGAUCCAGGCACAGCCGUUGGCAAGGGUCUGACUGAAGAAGCUGCAGAGGCUUUCAAUCUUUUGCCAGGAACAAUUGUUGGAACAUCAUUAAUCGAUGCACAUGCUGGAGCUUUGGGAAUGUUUGGCUGUAAUAGUGGAACUGGAUCGGAAUCGAUUGAGGGAAAAAUGGCACUGAUUUGUGGAACAUCUACAUGCCACAUGAGCAUGACUCGAGAAUUGUGCCCAGCUAAAGGUGUUUGGGGACCUUACAAAAAUGCUAUUAUACCGAAUUUCUUCUUGAACGAAGGUGGACAGAGUGCUACGGGAUUUUUAUUGGAUUAUGUUAUUAAAACACAUCCACGUUAUGAAGAUAUUAGCAAUAAACUAUUGGGAAGGAAUAUACAUUCAUAUCUCCAUAAGGUGCUAGAUAAAAUGACCAAGGAACGUGAUUUGGAGGACAGUUGUUUUCUAACCAAAGAUUUACAUGUUUGGCCCGAUUUCCAUGGAAAUCGUUCACCAAUCGCAGACUCAACUCUCAAAGGAAUGAUCUCUGGCCUAAACAUGACCACCGACGAAGAAAGUUUAGCUGUGCUUUAUCUCGCUUUCGUACAAGCUUUAGGGUAUGGAACAAGGCAUAUCAUGGACAACCUAAUAAAAUAUAAGAGGCCGAAAUUUACCACCUUGCUAUUCUGUGGUGGAUUAGCUAAAAAUCUUCUUUACACUCAGAGCCAUGCUGAUAUUUGUAAUUUACCAGUUAUUAUCCCAGAUGAACAGGAAAUGGUUUUGGUGGGAUCAGCAAUGUUGGGAGCUUGUGCUGCCAAAGUCUAUCCCACAUUGGAGGCUGCUUCUGCUGCAAUGGGUGGCACAGGAACUAUUCUUAAACCAAAUGAAGACACUAUCGAGUAUCACAAUAAAAAGUAUCGAAUUUUUUUGAAAAUGUUAAACGAUCAACGUGACUAUAAAAUUAUCAUGAAUAGUUAAAUAAAAUAAUUACCUU